CGUAGGAGAAUUAACAAACUGAAAAGGAAAAAUAAUAGCAGACAUGGGGCGUAUUCCAUGCUGUGAGAAGGACAACGUGAAAAGAGGACAGUGGACACCUGAGGAAGAUCACAAACUCUCCUCCUACAUUGCUCAACAUGGCACUCGCAACUGGCGUCUCAUUCCCAAGAAUGCUGGCCUCCAGAGAUGUGGGAAGAGCUGCAGGCUAAGGUGGACUAAUUACCUUCGUCCUGAUCUCAAACAUGGGCAAUUCUCGGAUUCCGAAGAGCAAACCAUUGUGAAGCUUCAUUCAGUUUUCGGUAACAGAUGGUCACUGAUAGCAGCCCAGCUGCCGGGACGCACCGACAAUGAUGUAAAAAACCACUGGAACACCAAGCUGAAAAAGAAACUGUCAGGCAUGGGUAUAGACCCUGUAACCCACAAGCCAUUUUCCCAUCUAAUGGCCGAAAUCGCUACCACAUUGGCACCCCCACAGGCAGCUCACUUGGCUGAAGCAGCCCUUGGCUGUUUCAAAGAUGAGGUGCUCCACCUUCUUACCAAGAAGCCGAUUAACUUCCAGGGCCAGCAUUCCGCUGCAGCACUGGGGCAUAACUUCACUGAUUACAUUAAUUGUAAGCCAGAUGAAAAGGACGCAACUGUUGAGAAGAUCAAGUUUGACCUAUCUAAGGCCAUGCAACAAGAACCUGAAAUGAUGCCCUCCAAUAAACCUUGGGACUCCACACCAAAUACAUCUGCAAGUUUUGUGAUGCCUUAUAGUGUUUUCCCUACAAUAUCUGCUUAUCAAUUCUCUCCACCAUCUUUCGCCAAUAAAGGUGAUGCAUCUCCAUGGAGCCAGAGUGUAUGCACUGGAAGCACAUGCACAGCCAUGGAUCGGCAGAGCCAAUUGCAUGAAAAGCUUGAAGAGGAACAUGGUGAUGAUUCUGAGGCCACCAAGGAAAUUAGAAAUCUAUCCAAUAUAUUCAACUCAGAUUGUGUCGUGUGGGAUCUACCAGCCGAUGAUUUAAUUAACCCCAUGGUUUAAAAAAAAUUUACAGCGCAGACGAAAGUUAUAAGCUCAACUUCUGACUAGACUAAGGAAUAAAUUACUUGAAAAGAAUAUCAAUGGUACAAAAUGUAAAUAAAAACUAUUUUUACAACUAUGAAUGCAGUCAAUAA